CGGGCGCGCGGGGCUCCCCCUCCCGGCGGCCACCUGGGGCCGCGCGCAGCAGGUGUCGGGGCGGCCGCCCGGGGCGCCGGGGACGCGGAGCGCGAGCCGGGAGCCGCGACGCGCGGGAGCUUAUUCACGUGGCAUUUUGGAACGCCAGGUAUCAAAAGUAAGAUCAUUGAAGGCAGUAAAACGGAGAUCAUCAGCCAAGAAAGACCUGCUGGAGAAAGCAGAGGAUGGAAAACAAAGUGAAAUGGUGUUUUAGCCUAUGUAUUUCAGCAGACCUUCUGCAAUUCAGCUAAAACCAUGACUGCUCUUUCUUCAGAGAACUGCUCUUUUCAGUACCAGUUACAUCAAGCAAAUCAGCCUCUAGAUGGUAACUGUUUGCUGUUUCUGAUUAUACUUGGGAAAAUACUACUGAAUAUCCUCACACUAGGAAUGAGAAGAAAAAUCACCUAUCAAAACUUUAUGGAGUAUUUUUGCAUUUCACUAGUAUUCAUCGAUCUUUUACUUUUAGUAAACAUUUCCAUUAUAUCCUAUUUCAGGGAUUUUGUACUGUUAGGCAUUAGGUUUACUAAAUACCACAUCUGCCUAUUUACUCAAAUUAUUUCUUUCACUUAUGGCUUUCUGCAUUAUCCAGUUUUCCUGAUAGCUUGUAUAGAUUAUUACCUAAACUUCUCUAAAACCACAAAACUUGGGUUUAAGUGUCAAAAAUUAUUUUAUUUCUUGACAGUAAUUUUAAUUUGGGUUUCAGUCCUUGCUUAUGUUUUGGGAGAUCCAGCUAUCUACCAAAGCCUGAAGGCACAGAAUGUUUAUUCUUAUCAGUGUCCUUUCUACAUUAGCAUUCAGAGUUACUGGCUGUCAUUCUUCAUGGUGAUAGUUUUAUUUAUGGCGUUUCUAACCUCUCGGGCAGAAGUUAUUGCCUUGGUACAGGCUGUUAGGAUGACCUCCUAUAUGAAUGAGACUAUCCUAUAUUUUCCCUUUUCAUCCCAUCCUAGUUAUACUCUGAGCUCUAAAAAAACGCUCUUGCCCAAGUUCAUUAUCUGUUUUCUCGGCACUUGGUUACCAUUUGUACUACUUCAAGUAAUUAUCCUUUUACUUAAAGUCCAGAUUCCAGCAUAUAUUGAGAUGAAUGUUCCGUGGUUGUACUUUGUCAAUAGUUUUCUCAUUGCUACAGUUUAUUGGUUUAAUUGUCACAAGCUUAAUUUAAGAGACUUCGCAUUACCUGUGGAUCCAUUCGUCAACUGGAAAUGCUGCUUCAUUCCACUUACAAUUCAGAAUCUUGAGCAAACUGAAAAGCCUAUAUCAAUAAUAAUUUGUUAAUGUUGCCAUGUUAAAAUUAAUUAAAAUGACAACUACAGUAAGAAUCAUAAUUUCACAAACGGGAAAGAAUGAAGACUCAGGACAUAUAAAGAUUGAACUGGACUGAAGCUCCCCUCCCCAGCCCCAACUUUCAUACCAUUUCAGAAUGUGUCUUUUGGGAGCUAUUGUAUUAAAAAAAAAUUCCAAGAAAAAUUUGUAUACCUGUUCAGGAACACUGUGUGUUACCAAUAUUAAUUUAAUACAAAAGUGAAAGAAGUUAAUAUUUGGCCAUACUGAUUUCAUGUAACCCAAAAAACGACUGGAUGCAAAACUGUUAUGUAAAUCUGAGAUUCUCUGCCAAUAAUAUAACAAAUGUAAAUAAACACUUUUAUUAAAUUCAGAGCACGAAAA